AUGGAUAAGAAUUUAACCUACAAUUUGACGUUUUUUAUUGAUGAAAACGAUAAUCGUACGAGAUGGACACUAAAAAGUGGACAACCACCAUCAUUCAAUGAAGCUCUUAUGACAAGAACUAUUGUGUUUAGUCUUAUGUUUCUGAUGGCCCUGAUAGGAAACACAGCAACCAUCAUCCAAAUGUACAGAAUACGGAAGAGAAGAUCAACAAUAAAUACAUUAAUUGUCAAUUUGGCAGUGGCCGAUUUGUUAAUAACAUUUUUUAUAAUGGGAGUUGAUGCGGUUUGGGCUUCAACAGUCCAGUGGUUAGCUGGAAACGUCAUGUGUAAAAUAGUAAAAUUUGGUACUGCUACUGGUUUACUUGCGUCCACAUAUAUUACUGUUGUGAUAAGUCUAGAUCGUUGUUGCGUGAUUAUGGACCCAAUAAGUCGUCACAAAGCUCCAAAAAGAGUUAAAGUCAUGAUUGUUAUAUCUUGGAUACUCAGUGCCUUAUUUAGUUUACCUCAGGUUUUCAUUUUUAGUGUACUAAGAGGGCCAUUUGAGGAGGAUUUUUAUCAAUGUAUAGACAAAAACUACCCGAUGAAGCAAUAUCAAAAAAUGUACAACUUGUUUUCAUUGAUAACACAGUUCAUGAUACCCUUAGGAAUAAUGGUUGUGACAUAUGGUCUCAUAUUUUAUACAAUAUCUAAAACAUCUAAGGAUUUCAGAGAGCCAGAACAUGUUUCCUCGUCGUCAGAAUUUGCCAGGGGACAGGUUAGAAAUGUGUUCAUGCGAAAAGCUAAGCGAAAGGCUCUGAGAAUGUCAAUUUUUAUUGUUGGAACAUUUAUUAUCUGCUGGUUUCCAUACUAUGUUAUAUUUACAAGAAAAGCUUUCGGUGAUUCAGAGGAAAUGUAUGAUGCCACAUUAUUGACAGUUUUAACAACAAUUGGACAGUCUAACGCAGUUUUGAAUCCUAUCAUUUAUGGAGCUUUUCAUAUGUGCAAGCUGCAUAAACCAAGAUUUAUGAAAAGAACCACAUCACCAGGUACAUGCGAUAAAAUGCCUUUCAUUCGUGGUAACCCUAAAACAGACGACGAAGCAGCUAAUGGUACAAACAUGACAUUACUAGCGAUGAGAAGGAAUACUGUUAUCGUGUGUAAGUGUAAUCAAACUCCAGUCGUGCUACAAGAAUCAACAGUCCCAUGUAUUAUUAUCAUGUGUAAAUGUGAGGAAGGAGUUAAACCAAUAUCAGAGGAAGCGACAUCUUCUGGUGAUACAUAAUUCAACAGAACAACAUGUUUCAUAUAUACCAAGAAAAUGUUGAUACGAUUCCAAAAGAAAUUGAAAAGAAAGUUAUUUAUUUAUAUAUAUAUUAAUGAUACAAUUUCAUCAGGUUUUAAAAGUCAAAUCUGUCUAUUGUAUUACUUUUAGAAUGUUAUGACAUUAGAACUACCAUGACAUAUUUGUUUUUAACUCGAUAUUUAAUCAUUACAGAAAAAAGAUUUACGGUAUCAUUGAUGAGUUAUCUCAACUGUAAAUGAAAACUCAUCAAAUAUAACAGACUUAUAAUUGGGUACGCCAGACUCGCGUUUCGUCUGCAUAAGACUUAUCGGUAAAGUUGUAAAAAGAAAAUUCGUUUCUUUCUAGCUACAUUUAAUUUUAAAGGCGAAAUAAGAACACACUUUCACGUUUUUGAAAACCAAUUCAUGAUAUCAACGUUUCGUUAAUACUGUUUAUAAUACAACACGUAGUUAAUAGUCUUUGUCUGACAUCUUGCGGGAGUAAACAUUUGAAUAUCGGGUUUUAUACGUCUAUAUCAAUAUUCUAUUGAAACAUCAUUAGGUAUAUUUCACGAAAUGUAAAAUAUUAUACUGUACUCAAACUAUUAAAAGACAUUCAUAGGACUUAAAAAAAAAACAGGUAUCAAAAUAUCACAGAUUGUAAUUUUUCACAACGCUACAUUCUAGAAGAGUCACAUGUGCACAUGUUAUUCUAACAAAUCUUUUACUUGGGUAUUUCUGAAAUUGAUUGACUUGUGCUACUAUUAUAUGGCCAAAAUAAUAUUUAUAGUUUUUAUGCUAUUAAUAUAGGACGAAAUGAGUUGAGCAUUAUUAAACAAUAAUUGAACAAUACAAAUUCAUCACAUUUAAAACAAAGAUUUUACUGUUUUACCAGCAAACAUUAUAUUUUGAAACACAUUGAUUAUCUCAAAAUUUGUUUGUGUUUUGAAGACCUUAAAAUGUCAUAUUUUUGGUUUUUGAGUUGUUAAGGUGCUGUCUCGGUGAUACAAACCCAAACUCUUCUUGGUUUUUACAUGCGAUAUAGACAAACAGAAAACGUUAUCAACAAAAAAUGAAAUAAGCCAGUACAAUAGUUAAAAUAUGAAUUUUCAACCCACAAUUUAAUUUGUUCAAGACUUGAUAGAUAAAUCAUAUCUCUUUUACAAAUCUACAGAUGAUUGAAAACAAUGAUUCCCUGAGGUAAAACAGUGAUUCGCUUUCUAGUUUCUAUAUUUUUUAUUGGUCUCAUGUUUUUUCUGCCAUAUUGAUGAUAUGGUCGUUGGAAUGAAGAGAAGUAAUAAUCUUUGAAAUAAAAUAUUUUUCGUUAUAUUCAUGUUUUGAAAUUGCUCACUAAAACAAAGACUGGAAAAAAAUAUGUAUAAUAGAAUAUUUUUGUUAUUUAUAUGAAUUGUUAAAGUGCUGGUUAUGUUUAAAAUA